AUGAAUACAAACAAAUUGAGGAUGAGCAAGUCAUUGGUAAGAUAACGAUAAUCUCCAAUUCCUCCAUUAGAACCAAAGCUUUUUGUUGGUUAACCUUUGAGUUAUUCUCCCCCUCAAUAAAAAUUUCCUCAUUUGACUUUUUCAUAAAGGUUGAAGUUGUAUUAUAAAUCGCAAAACACUUUAAAUCCAAAACCAUGGAACCCUCCUUCGGAUGACUAGGGAACUAUUUUAAGAUUGAUAUCAGUCCAUGAAAUAAUUAAACCAAAAAAGAAGGAACUGUUAAGUAGAUUUCCAAAUAAUAGUUGUAAACCCAACUUUCAUAAGAGAUUUAUCACAGAUAUGCCUAAGAUUUAAACUGAUAUUUCUACUGCCAAGAAAAUUAAGUUAAAUUUUAAAUCCCCCAUAAAUGUUUUAAACAAAAGUAAUUCUUUUGGACCUUGGGAUUCUCCUUUAUGA